UUUCCCGUAAUCAAGAAUCAUCGAUUAUCUUAUAUAAUUAUUUUUUUUUAUAAUUCACAGGCAAAAGCACAGACUGGAAAUUAUGACUGAAGUUGAAGGGAGUAUGAGCAUGAAGUCAUAUCGGCGUCGCCUAGCGGCAUCUCCUCGUGUCAGAAAGAAUUUAAUAAGACAAAUAGAAUCCGAUGUUGAACGAGACGAAGAUAAAAAUCGAACACCUGCGGAGAUAAUACAAGAUGUUCUGGCUUGUAUUAAAGAUCGAAACGAAGAAUCUGCAACGCGAGUCGAUAAACUAAAUAGUUUGGUACGACUAAUUAAAAACCAUGAAAGAUUAAAAUAUACAUAUCCAGCUAAACCUUUUUUAUACGGAUUGAGAUUUUGUGUAUCGGAUCCAGUAAAGGAAGUUAGGAUUGCUGGAUAUCGAGCAUUGAGGUAUUUAAUUGCGGAUACUGAAACAUUAAAACAAAUUACAGAUUUACAUUACGAUAUAUUUAUUAUGAGGUCCUUAGCGAAAGAUCCAAAAUUAUUCAAUGAUGAGAGAGAACAAGUUUUAAAACUUUUGCGAACUUUUUCAGAUGUACCUGGUGGUACUAAAUUAAUACCUCUUGGUGUUAUGCGAGCGAUUGUGUCAAUUGCCGAACAGCCUGAUGAGAAAUUAAGAAAUAUAUGUCUAGAGACUCUGGCUGAAAUAAUGAUUCGUGAGCCAAAAAUUGUUACAAGUUGUGGUGGGAUGAGAGUACUUCUUCAAGCUUUAAUUGAUGGACCUGUAGAACUUGCUGAAUAUUUGAUAAUGGCUUUAUUAUAUGUGAUAGAUACCCCGGAUUCUAGAGAGUGCAUUAGACCUGGAGUUGAUUUAGAGAUUGUACUUUCCGGGUUCACGGAUGCUUGUAAUAAAGGAUCUAAAUUUGAACAGCAGGUUAGAGCAAGUUCUAGAGCAAUCUCUGUGUUAUUAAAAUCAUGGACGGGGAUUAUAUAUCUUUGUAGAGACAAUAAGCAAGCAAUAAAAUCUAUCGUGGAAUCGCUCAGGAUAACUUCGGAUGAAACGAGGGAAAUCAUGCUUGAUAUGUUUUUCGACAUUUUCAGGAUAAAGGCUCCAAAUUGGUAUCCUAAUUUUUUAUCUGGAAAAAGGAUAACUGUAUAUGGUAAUCCUGAACAAAAAGAUAAUAAUAUUGGCGAGCCACCACCCUCAUCUAUAAAUGUUCAUGACAGAUUAAACUUAUUGGACCAUCAUUUGGUAGUCUUACUUGAUAUAUUUAUGGAUUCUGGACUUCUUGAUGCACUUGUUGAAAUUAUUGAGGAUAAGAAUCAACAUGUUGCUCGCAAAGCUACACUUUUUAUUGGAGAAAUUCUUCAAUUGUCAAAUAGAUUAUUAUCAGUGUCUCGUUCAAUACGAAUUCAAUCUCUACCGAGACUUUUUAGUUUAGCGACAAAAUUUGAUGAUGAGAUCGUACGGCAUAGUGCUACUGCUGCUCUCUCACAUAUCGAUAAUUUAAAUAGAACACGAAAUCGGUUACAAAUCAAUAGUGUAGAUAACGAUUCAUCGCUUAACCCUCGAAGUCGUAAUGCUCGACAGGUUGAAAAUGUAAAGAUUAAGAUGGGUAUGCAAAUUGAUGAUAAGCAUUUUGUGAGUUUGCUAAUGGAGUCUCAGGUCUUAAGCACAAAAGAUGGUAAAAAAUGGGACUUUGAAACUAUGAUGGAAUUGUUGCAAGGUCCAUUACUUAAUCCACGAAGAUUAGAAGAAGCUAUUAGAUCCAAGUUUGUAAAACGUCUAAUUGGAUUUUUCCGGCCAACUAGUCGAAGGUUCUCAGAAAUUGAAAAGACCUCCGAAAACGAAAUAUUUGUAACAUUGGGAUGCACUCUUGUAUCUACAUUAUUAGCAUGUAGUGAUGGUGUAAGAUAUUUAGAGAGUAACAAGUUCUUGAGACAGAUCGCAGAUGGUCUAAACCAGCUUGAUCCCAUUAAUGGAACUUCUGAAUCCGAGCCAUUGUUUUCUAAAGAACGAAUAAAUAACACACUUACAUCUGGAUAUUUCACCAUCUUAGGGUAUUUUAGCAAAUAUAAAGAAGGUGUUAGAUUAUUGGAAAAGUUCAAAAUUUUCAACACGUUUUAUCAUUUAAGUGAACUAAGAAGUCGCGAAGACUUGAUUAAAGCUAUUAUUACGAAUCUAGAUUAUAGUCUAGAUGGGCAUCCACGCAUUCUUCUUUCCAAAGUGAUGACAUCAGGUUACAAGCGUGUAAGGUUAUAUGCGACAAAGCAUUUGGGUCUGAUUUUAAGGACGUCGUCGAAAAAAUUUAAUGAAUGGGGAAUACAACUACUUAUUACCCAGUUAUACGAUCCCGCUAUGGAAGUGUGUCAAAUGGCGGUUCGUGUUCUUGAAGAAACUUGUAAUCACAAGGAAAAUAUCGAAUCGCUAGUUAUGCUUCGACCGAGCCUGGAUCAUUUAGGAGAAGUAGGAAAUCCUUUGUUGUUAAGAUUUCUGUCUACUUCAAUAGGAUUCAAAUACCUUUCUGAAUUCGAUUAUGUCGAAAGAGAAAUGGAUGAGUGGUUCCAAAGUCGGAAUCAAUAUUAUGUUACUCAAUUGGAAGUUAUGUUGUCAACAGCGUUAAAACUUGGUGGAGGUGAUAACCGUUUCGAUGAUGAUGACAAAAUGCAACCAUUUGAUGGAAUAUCGCCUCCUCAUUUCUAUGGUGAACUUGCGAAAACUAACGAAGGUUGUCAAUUAUUAAGAGAAAAAGGACAUUUUCGCGAGUUCGCAAAGUUUGUGAGAGCGCACAAAUUAGAAUCGCGUGACGCAUCCGGUAUAGCAAAACUCAAGUCGGUUCUUUGGACUGUGGGAAAUAUUGGGUCAUCGAAGAGUGGAUUACAAUUUUUAGAGGAAGAAGAUAUAAUUAAGGAUAUAGUGUUUAUUGCAGAAAAUUCCUCAGUCCUAUCUUUGAAAGGGACAUGUUAUUUUGUUUUAGGGUUAAUAACAAAAACAGCAUCAGGUAUUGAAAUGUUAGAAGAUCUUGGAUGGGAGUGUGUAUACGACGCAAACACGGGAAUAGGAACUGGUUUAUGUAUACCCGUAAAUUCUCAAGCAUUUCUAUCCUUUCCUAAAUGGAAGUACACGGGUUUUGAAUCAGCCCUUGAUACACCAUCAAAACCUAUAGUACCAUGUUCAUCGGUUGAAAGGAAUUUGUUUAAAGCAAUGGCAAAUCUAACGAAUCGAAUAUUAUCAAAUGCUGGCUCUCGAAGUCUUUCAAAAAUAAGAUCACAGCAUCCAGAAGUAUUUACUAAUCUAAGUACAUAUUAUAAAGCAAUUCAAAUGUUAUCAACAUAUCAUUAUCGUUUACCUUCACGAAGACUUAUUAGUGAAUUGUUUGAUGUGGAUUUCACUUCAGAAGCGCUUGAAGAACUUGAUAGAUUGGUAGAAGUGCAGCAAAAUGAUGAAUUAAAUGGAAUAUCAGAUGAAAAUUCAGAAGACGGUAAUGCGGAAGAUAUUCAACAAAAUGAUAAAAAGUUCACGAGAACGCAUCGCGGUAGCGAUGGCGUAAUCGCUGUAAUGUCCGAAGAUCAAAAUGAUAUCAAUGCUGAAGAAACUGUACCAAAACAGGCAUUAUCGCCUGUCUUGGUUAUAAAAGGAUUCAGGAUCUGAAUUCUUUAUUUAUUGUUUCUAAACAAACAUUGUAUUGGUUUUUUUUUUUUGUAUUAUAAUUUCUACUAUCUAUUUUCUAUUUCUAUUUAUUUAUUUAUCUUUUAUUUCCUUUUGGACUUUUUCUUUUUGUUCAUCGAAGAUUUUUGUUUUGUGAUUAAAUAACACACUAUUUUUUAUGCAAAAUAUUUAGAAUAUUUACAAAAAAAAAAGAUUAUUACAGCAAAUAUCUUGUAUGACUGCAAUAAUUUUAAUUUUGU